UGUGAGGUGGAAUCCCACACAGAUCCCGCUUUACCGCUUGCAGUUAGGUGCCGCUACGGCCUGGAAGUCUAUCCCGCACAAGAUUGGGAUACUUGUCGGUCUGGCAUCAAGCUGAGAUCUGAUUGGUCGAAAGUCUGGACUCAACAGCCAAUCAUGACCCGUGUGCAACGCCACCUUCCGUAA